AUGGGUCAGUUCGUGUCUACGGCCCUUACAGCGCUAGGUUAUCCACGCCCUAGUUUCAAUGACAAUGUAUUGUUAUUCAAAAAAAUAAGCGAUCGGGCCACAACUCCGAGCCGAGGGUCAGACUUGGCGGCGGGAUACGACUUGUACAGUGCGGAAAAUGUAGUAAUUCCUAAGCAAGGGAAGGCUUUGGUAAAAACUGACAUCGCCAUAGCACUACCUGAAGGAUGUUAUGGACGAGUUGCUCCGAGGUAAGGAAGAAAAUUGCUAUUUCUACGCGCCAAAAUCGGAAAAUUAGCCUCGAGAAACCUCGUGUUACUAGGGAAUGAAAUAUUGUACACAUUUCUGCAGAAUUUCCAGUUAGUACAUCCGAGAAAUUAGGCUGUGUGUCCUUGUUAAGAACCAGUUUCAUUAUUCUCGCUGCUAGAUUAGCGAAUUUCCCAGUUUGUUGUAAUUUUGAUAGAAUAUACGUAAUGUUUCACUUUGGCGGGAAAAUUCCCAAUAUUAUUUUACGGGACUCAUAGUCGCUUUCAAUUUCAGUUUGGUACAAUAACCUUGAUUAAGUAAAAUGAAGCUAAAUUGGAGCUUCUUCAAGUUUUGUAGUUCAUAAAGUCUGUAAAAUCCAGCUGUAAAAAUAUUUUCGUACCAGUAAUCUCACGUACUAAGAGAGUGAGCUAUUGUGCACAUUUUCCAGAAUUUCCAGCUCGUAAAUCCGAGAUAAUUUGAGCACAGUGCCCCUGGCUACGAAUCUACUUCAUUAUUUACACUUAUAGAUCUGCAAAUUUCCCAGACUGUAGGAGUAUUGAAAGAAAGUAGUGUUUCGCUUUGGCGGGAAAUAUCCCGCUAUAAUUUAUUCUUGAGCUCAGGUAUCCUUUCUAUAAGUUUGAUGAAGAUAAGUGAGGCUGAUGUAGAGCUUCUAUUGUUUGUCUAUUUUGUAAAGCUAGUCAAAAUUAGCUGUUAAGAUUAUUUUCCGAAUAGUGCCAUUAAUGAGUUGAAAUUGAGGGGAAAUGAAGCUCAUCUUUAAAAUUGGACAGAGAUUAUUUUGUUUCUCAUUUAUAUCUGACACCAUAGAAGCUCUGGCAUUCAAUGUUUUUUUUCGUCUUUUAAAGUUACAUAAAUUUACAAGAUCAGACUGCUUGGAUUAGUUUUCUCUGGCUUAUAAUUUCUGUGGAAGAGUCCAAAAAUUAAUGAUCAAUAGCAACUAUAAGGAAUAGUCGGUUGACACUUUCUUCAGAUUAAUAAUUUGGAGUGUCUUAAGUUGCCCCUCGUCUGUAACCAUGUGAACAGUAAGUUACAAAUGUGUCAACCUGUGUUCAGUGUCUGUGUGGCAAAUUGUAACCUUUUCUUAAUUAGUGGUGUUUUUGUUUACAGAACUGAGUUAUGUCUGUGCAUGUCACAAAUUAAAAUAGGUUAAUAUCCUCCAUUCAUAUGACACUACUGUGUCACAAACACAAGCAGACAAAAGUCAAUGUGGAACCUGUUCAAAAUGCAUAUUUUGCAAUCACACUACAACAAUUAGAUUUUUGGCAAUUACUCUAGGAUUCAAGUCUGAUUCCUGAAAUAUGAAGACUCAAAGGUUAAAACCUUUCUACUUCAGUCUUAACAUGGCUCUUCAAACUUUUCAAAAUUGUACUAUUUUACUGCAGUGUUACCAUGGUUUCCCAUAGAGACAUGUGAAAGUUUUUAACCAAUUUUUUUUACUAGUGAAAAGUUAAGGUGAGAGGAACAUUUGCAAAGACAUUGAAACUCACUCAAAUCUUUUGUGAUUUCACCAUUGCUUUGCUAAAAUCUUUCUAGAAAGAAACAUGCAGGUCAAAUAUCCUAAUGUUGUUUUUAAGAUAAGUUGAUUGGUGAUUUAACCUGGAAUUCCAUACUGGAUAGUAGAUUCCAUGGAUCCAUAAUUCAUUAUGAUUGUUUCUGAUAUUUUAAUUCAAUGAAUGUAGAAAUUGCUUGAAGCAGAUGGAAAGUAUUUUGGUUUGUUUGGCAAGGAGUUUCACCAUACUGCACAUCCUACAAUCUCUUGAACAAAGCAUUCAUUGAUUUUUAGAUCCAGCCUUUCCUGGAAGCAUCAUAUUGAUGUUGGAGCAGGCGUUGUAGAUCGUGAUUAUCGUGGAAAUGUUGGUGUUGUACUAUUCAAUUUAUCACAGAUGGAUUAUGAAGUUCAGCAAGGUGAUCGUAUUGCUCAGCUUAUUAUUGAGAGAAUAAGCAACCCACCCCUUGUGGAGGUCAAGGUAAUUUUUAAAAAAUGCUUUGAUCUUUUAGUUUACAAAUUAAUUUUAAAAAAUACUUUGAUCUUUUAAUCCACAAAACUUGAAAAUUAUCAAGUGCUAUCCAAAAAUAAGGUGAACAACAAACAAUUUCUCAAACAUCAAGCAACAUCACCUUUUCUUACAUCAAGCCAUGUCAACAUCACCAUGAGUUGCAUUUAUUUUAUUUACUUUCCUUUUGUUACUUGUUUCUGUUUUGUUUUCAUUUCUGUUGCUUUGUUUUAACAGGAACUUGAUGACACAGCCCGUGGCACAGCUGGAUAUGGGUCAACAGGAAAAUGAAAGGGGAUCAUUGUUUCUGUUGUC